AUGGAUAUUUUGGAUCUACUGAAGAAGAAGAUAAUCAAGGAUGUCUUUGAGGUUCAUCCUGAUGCUGAAUGGAGUGUUCUUAUAUAUGACAGCUAUGCAGCAAGUAUUUUGAAGAAUUUUUUUGUGAAGUCUGAGUUUAUCAGCCACAACAUAGUGAUUUCCCAGAGGAUUGAGGAGCAUCGGGAGCGAGUGGACUUUCCUGUGAUAUACUUUGUGAAGGGAGAUGGGGGUGUUGUGGAAAUGAUAAACAAGGACUUUGAAGACAGGCUAUAUCCCUCCUAUGCUGUUUGCAUGCUGUCGGAAUGCCAAGGUUUUCAGCCAUUAAUAAAGGCAAAGAGGGUGGAUGUUGAUUUUGCACCCUUUGAGCAGAAGGUCUUUAAGGCAUUGCCAAAGCAGCUGUAUUCUGUGGCUCGGACCCUAAAUACGGCCUUCAAUGUAAGCUACUCCGGGUCUGUGUGCAGAAGCUUGGGGGAGAUGGUUGAAAAGAUGAUGGGGGACGAAGAAAGGAAGGGAGAGCUUAUAAUAUUGGAUAGAAGCAUUGAUCUCUUUGCCCCGCUUCUUCACUUCUUCACGUUUAGGACAUUACUUGAGGAUCUUGGUAUAGAGAACAUGGAGGAAUUUGAAAAGAAGUAUAUGGGAGACAAGAUAUGGGAGAGUGUUAAGAACGCGCACCUUGGGGAGGUGAACUCGAUCUUAAGAAACCAUGCACACAUGCUAUCGAAGGUUGCACAGAAGUUGGACACAAAAGUGGACAACAAGGAUCUAAUGAAGAUGGUUCUUGAGGCACCCGCAGCAGCAAAAACCAAAGAGAGCUUGAGCAAAAUUCUUGCUUUGGCACAGAAGUGCUAUGACAGAUUUGAUUAUCUUUCCAGGUUCAACGAGAUUGAGCAGCUACUUGCAACUGGAUAUGAUAAAUCCGGGAAUAAGUGGAAUGUCAAGGUGGAGGAGGUGUUUGAGUGUCUUAAAAGCAGCCGGAUCGAGAGAGAUGACAAAAUUAGAAUUCUGCUGUUGCUCAAGGCAAAUGGCUACCAACUACAAAAAAACGAAGUGGACCUUCUUAAAAGCAUGGGACUCAAGGAUGAGGAGAUUGGGAUUACCUUUGAUAAUCACGAGAACUUUGUGCCUCUUCGAGGACCAGGAAGCUACAAGUAUGAAGUCAGCCGAUAUGAGCCUGUGCUUGCCAAUGUUCUGAGAAGUUUUAUUGGGAAGCAGAAGGGUCACCUCCAGAUAAGCAGAUUGACAAGCACCAGGACACAUCUAAAGUCCUUGAGGAAAAGCCAUCUCCUGUCUGUGAAGAAGGAAAUUUCGUACCAAAAGCUAUACUGUGUUUAUAUAACUGGGGGGAUAACAUUUGAAGAGAUAAGGACUGCCUAUGAAGUUGGAGAAAGCCUUGGGGUGGAGAUCGUAGUGGGUUCUGAUAAUAUCGUAACACCUAGAUCUUACGUGGAACAGUUAAAAUCAAAGUGUACAGAAAAAAAUUGA